UUUUUCGCGUUCCCGACUGUCCAGCCUAUUCUCCUCUUUACAUCAUGUCUGUUGCACGCACCCUUCGCCAACUUUCCGCCGUUUCUAGCCGUGUGUCCUCGCGGCAACUUGCCGUCUCUUCUACACGCACACUACUCGCAAGGAGGGUCGCACAACCGAGCACACUGCGUGCGUUCUCGGCCUCCGCCCGAGCCAGUAAGGCUGGUUCUUCGGAUGCUCCGCUUUCGCUUAAGCUCGAGCAGGAGCUCACAUUCGAGCUCAACGAGCAGCAAGAGAGCGCGGAACCCGAAUUCCUGACUUCGUUCAAGAAGCAGGGGCUAUGGACUGUCAUUGACGAGGCCGGAAACAACGAAGUGACGCUCACCCGUCAAUUUGGCAACGAGAAUAUCCGACUGGUUUUCUCUGUUUCUGAUUUGGCGAACCAGGAGCCCAAUGAAUUCGAGGACAUGGAGGAGCGCAAUGACGAGGAACAAGAGUCUGGGUCGGAUGCCAUGCGUGCUGUUGUGUCUAUUACCAAGGGUAACGCACCUGGCGCCCUCGACAUCGACAUGACCGUGCAGGGUGGGCAGUUCCUGGUGGAGAAUGUCACAUUCUAUAACGACUCGAAACUCGGACAAGACAUCAGCGUCGAGGGAGACUGGAAGCGCCGCGGCCUUUACAUUGGCCCGGAGUUCACGACGCUGGAUGUGCACUUGCAGGAGCAGUUUGAGAAGUUCUUGCAGGAGCGGGAUGUUGGCGAAGCGACGGCGUUCUUCAUUCCUGAGUACGCACAGUUCAAGGAGCAGAAGGAAUAUGUUCAAUGGCUGAAAAACGUCCGGGAUUUCAUCGACGCAUAAAGUAUCUUAACAUAAUGACACUAAUUAUUAAUGACAACCCCCUCCACUCCGAUCCGGAACCAUACGUCCAGAGAUUGAGCAGCCGGGUGUCCCGCGCUAUCG